AUGACAGUGGAGAAAGUUCGAUUGAUCAGAGAUCGUUUGCGAACGGCUCGAGGUAAAACGAGAAGAGUUAUCGUCGAUACUGGGAGAAGAAGUUUAGAAUUUGAAGUGGGGGAUCAUGUGUUCUUGAGGGUCGCUCCAACCAAGGGAGUAAUUCGUUUCGGCGUUAGAGGGAAGCUCAGUCCUCGAUUUAUUGGCCCAUUUGAGAUUUUAGAGCGCAUUGGUGAAGUGGCAUACCGACUUGCACUCACCGCCCUGACUCUUUCCCGUUUCUCAGACUUUGAACUCAACAAUGAUAUGACAUAUGAGGAGCGUCCUAUGAAGAUCGUGGACUUCAAAGAGCAAGCUUUAAGAAGACGGACCAUUCCUUAUGUAAAGGUUCAAUGGAGCAAUCAUUCAGAGCGUGAAGCGACAUGGGAGUUAGAGUCAGAGAUGAGAGAAAGAUACCCGUAUCUUUUCAUCUGA